CAGCUCGAUCGAGCACUUCACUCUACUGUCAUAUCUUCCUGUCCUUCGGCCUUCCCGCGUCGAUCAGUUAGAAGCAGCAAGAAAGUAAAAUGGAGUCCCAGAACAAGGAGGUCGAUGCCCUGGUCCAGAAGAUCACCGGGCUCCACGCCGCCAUCUCCAAGCUUCCGUCGCUCAGCCCGUGCCCUGACGUGAACGCGCUCUUCACCGACUUGGUCACGGCGUGCGUCCCCCCGAGCCCCGUGGACGUGACCAAGCUUGGCCCGGAAGCGCAGAAGAUGCGGGAGGGCCUCAUCCGCCUCUGCUCCGAAGCCGAGGGAAAACUGGAGGCUCACUACUCCGACAUGCUCGCCGCCUUCGACAACCCGCUCGACCACCUAGGCAUGUUCCCCUACUACAGCAACUACAUCAACCUCAGCAAGCUCGAGUACGAGCUCCUGGCGCGCUACGUGCCCGGUGGCAUCGCGCCGGCCCGCGUGGCCUUCAUCGGGUCCGGCCCUCUGCCGUUCAGCUCCUUCGUCCUCGCCGCGCGCCACCUGCCCGACACGAUGUUCGACAACUACGACCUGUGCGGCGCGGCCAACGAACGCGCCAGCAAGCUGUUCCGCGCGGACAAGGACCUGGGCGCCCGCAUGUCGUUCCACACGGCGGACGUCGCCGAUCUCGCCGGCGAGCUCGCCGCGUACGACGUCGUCUUCCUGGCCGCGCUCGUGGGCAUGGCCGCCGAGGAGAAGGCCAAGGUGAUCGCCCACCUUGGCGCGCACAUGGCGGACGGGGCGGCACUCGUCGUGCGCAGUGCGCACGGGGCGCGCGGGUUCCUGUACCCGAUCGUCGACCCGGAGGACAUCGGUCGAGGUGGGUUCGAGGUGCUGGCAGUGUGCAACCCUGACGACGACGUGGUUAACUCCGUCAUCAUCGCGCGCAAGUCCGACAGCGUGCAUGCCGAUGGGCUCCAGAACGGGCGUGGACAGUACGCGCGCGGCACGGCGCCGGUGGUCAGCCCGCCAUGCAGGUUUGGCGAGAUGGUGGGGGACAAGAGGGACGAGUUUGCCAACGCGGAAGUGGCAUUUUGAUGCGACGGAACAAAUGGAUAUGCCUGGUCAUUACUCGUUACCGAUACGUCGCCGCUUGAUCGCUUGCAAAUCGUACGUGGUAUUUUUUUUCUCUCUAAUACUUGUGUGCUUCUAGUCAUGCGUAGUUUGUACCCAAUAAUUCUGUUCAGUACACCACAUAUAUCUAUGUACACCUCACCCUGGGAGGCUGGGAGGCAGAUUGUAGAGAACAGAUGUGCGAAGGAAUAAUAUUUUGUCCCUAAGUAUAUGUUGAAAAGAAUGGGCAUAAAGGAUAAUUUCAGCACCAUUUGUGUGCUAACUA